AUGAAUCCUUCCCACGACCAAAAUGGAUCGCUGUCCUGUCGUCCGGAAUACGGCGCUGGUGCUGGCGAUGCUGGUGGUGGUGCUGGCUUUGGGCGAACCACAGUGCAGCACUUGCAGCUGGUGGACUUCUUCUCCCCAACAGCCACGACAUGGACAACAACAGCAAGAACGACAACCAGUCCUUCCGAUGGCAGUACUCCUCCACCACCUUCUCCUCUCAACCGGACAACCUUCUUUCAGGACGUGUAUCAGCACGACACGUUGAUCGCACGGGAUGCCACAUCUGCACGCCUGCGAUCCCUGACACGGCCACUCGGACAAGUGCAAGAGCUGUGCCACGCCUUUGAACAGCAGGCCCAACAGAGCGGCGGCUUCCAUAUCAAGGAGCAAGGCGAGACGCGGCAGGUGUCGUCGUGCAAGCAGAUGGAGGACGAGCUGGCUGCCGGCGUGGGUUUGCUCAUCCGCUACGAGGACCUCGUGGACUCCCCCGCCCAGGACCACGUCAAGCAGCUGCAGGACGGCGUGCGCGACGUGUUUGGCACAGAGUCCACGGUCCACCUGUACCACGCCACGCAGAACGAGUCGCGCGCCCUCAUGCCGCACACAGACCCCUACGACGUCCUUGUCAUCCAGCUCCACGGCUCAAAGCGCUGGACAACCUGCAUUCCAGACGCAUACGUCUCCGACACCGACACCAACAACGACGGAAGCGACACCAACGCGGUGGACGACAACAACACCAACACCGGCACUGGCGACCACGGUGCUUCUGCUUCUGCUUCGUCGUCGUCUUCCUUCCCAAACCACCAUGACACACGCGUACGCCCAAGCGAGGCAGAGACCAUCAAGCACUUCAACCCUGCGCGGCUGGGCCAGCUGCAGGAGAUCCGGCGCCAGAGGCAGCAGGGGUGCACGCGCUACGAGGACGCAGACCUGCGUGGCAUGCGCUGCAACGAGUUCACGCUGCGUGCCGGCGACACCAUGUACAUGCCCAAGGGCAUCAUCCACUUUGCGCUGUCGGGCGAGGAGGGCUCGUCGCAUCUCACCAUCUCGCUGGAGCGCAAGGGCCUGGCGUGGGCCGAUGCGCUCAUGCACGCGGCGCUCUCUGGCUCGGACAUUGUGGACAACCCGGCGUUCCUUGGCCACUGGAAGAACACGGUGCAGUCGCUCAUCAGCGACUACCGCGGCGUGCAGCUGCUGGAGGCCAUGCCAUCCUGGCACCUCAACACGGGUGCGCUGUGUGCAGCGCGUGGACAGGAACAACAACAACAACAGCUGCUGCUGCUGCAGCAGCACGGCGAUGGCAGUGCAACUGGCGGCGAGCGGGAUGAGGUGAAGGCGUUUGUGGCGUCGUUCCAGUCGCUGUGCCGCGAGGUUGGACCCGAUGUGCUUGAGACGUACACCAAGGCGAACGAUGUGGACGCGUUCCUGAAUGCAGACGGCAUUGGCGCGCUUGUUGAGCGCGUGUGCAGCGAAGAGUCGGCCGCCGCUGUUGUGGAGCAGCUGUGCGCACGCGGCAAAAUGCCUGUGGACGUGACGUCACCAUUGUUUCGCAUCCAGGCCCCCAGAGAGCGUCGGAGGAGGAAUACUGUGACAGCAUCGUACACGUGUGAUUCAAGCUGCGAUACGGGCUGCGAUGGGCAAGCAUGCUCUGGCUGCGACGACAACUGCAACGCAGGCUGCGACGAUGACUGCAACGAAUGCGAUGCAAGCUGUGACGGCUGCAACGACCAGUCGUGCACAGGAUCAUGCGAUGAGAGCUGCGACAGAUGCCUCGGCUCGUGUGACACCAGUUGUGACGCAGUCACUGGUUGCCCAUUUUUCUAUUUUGUGUUGUCCGACCCCGACUGCCAAUCAAGCUGCGACGACUCAUGCGACAGCAACUGCAACGCUGAUUGUAACGCUGGAUGCGACAGCAGCUGCACCCCCACGGGCUGCAACUUCAACUGCGACAGCUCCUGUGAUGGGCCGUGUGACGCUGGCUGUGACGACAACUGCAACACAAGUUGUGAUGAGUGCACAUACAGCAGCUGUGACAGUUCAUGUGACGACUCGUGCUCGUGCAACCCUGGCUUCAAUGGAACUGGCACACUGUGCUCUGCGUGUGCGUCCAACACGUACAGCGCCAGCAGAAACCAGACGACGUGCACGCAGUGCGAGGCAUGCCCCGUUGGCAAGUAUCGCUCUGGGUGUGGCGGGUCGAGCCCUGGCUCGUGCCUGGGCGUAAAUUGCACAGCCCCUGUCAUCGAGCAUGCGGUGUUAAGCUUCAACUCCACCCGAUACCCUGCGACGGCAAUCGUGUCGUGUGAAGAAGGAUAUGAGCUGACUGGCGCUUCGUCCUUGACGUGCCAAGCAGAUGGCAGCUGGGGCGAUCUACCGUUGUGUGUGGUGCUCGAAACAACAACGACAACGACGCUGAUGACAACAACAACAACAACAACAACAACAACAACAACAACAAGAACAACAACAACAACAACAACAACAACAACAACAACAACAACAACAACAACAACAACAACAGCAGCAGCAGCAGCAGAGGUAGUGCCAACACUCACCUCGGAUGAUACACCGCCACUGGAACCUGCAACAGGAACAAUCCAGUCAUCAUCAGCAUCACAAACUUUCCCCUCUCUUCCUUCAUCGAUGCCCGCCUCUCCCUUAUCUUCCUCUUCAACCCCAGGACACGCUGAGGCGUCGCCAGCUGGAAGCAGUUCAACAACAUCGGCGUCGUGGCAGCUUGGAGUGGGCAUUGGCGCUGCUGCCUUCUUUGUUGUCCUCAUUGCUGUGAUCCUCGUCGUUCUUCGAAAGCGAAAGAGUCGCAUCUCUCUUCACCACGUCAGUGACUUGAUGCAACACACCUGCGCCGUCCUUGCAUGUCGUUCCUUGAAGCUGCUCGUACGCCGCGGACGGGUCUCCAAGCGAAACAAUGGCUCAAACACGUACUGGUAUGCGUAUACCAUGGUGUCAUGUCAAAGCAAGAUUUGA